UCCAGUUUGCGAGCAACCGUCGGUUGAGCUUCAUAUCCUGGUAGAUUCUUACGGCUUGGUACGAGUUUCUUGUAGUCUGCAGCAACGUGUUCGCAAGAUCCUCCCGUCUCAGUUGCCAGUUCAAAAACAAAUUCAUUUUAAGAAGUGCGUUGAAUCGUUUUAAUCCUUGUUUCAAAGUUCCCAGCAAGCGACAAUUGUUUUUUUCCGGACGGAUCAAUUGAAAUCUUACCGGACUCCAGCCCAGUGAUGAAUCGCAAACGAUCCUUAGCAUCAGCUGUACCACUGCAUGUGUGCGUCUUGAUCGUGGUCAUGCUGCUGAUAUCGAGCGCGAUUGACGAUGUGGCUGCUAGGCGUGGACGAGCUAGAGGUCGUACGAAAUCGAGGAUGCAAAUCGGUCUUCCAAUUACCGGCAAAUACCGCGAUCCUGAAUCAGAUCAGUAUUACAAUAACAACAAUGGUGCAAAGAUCACACUAGCUUCACACUUUGACUAUGAAUACGUGCUAGGACACAAGAUUGCCUUUUUGUGUGUAGCCCGCGGCACACCGCGACCAACUAUCACCUGGUUCAAGGAUGGUGUUGAGAUCUUUAGCCACCUUUAUCUACACGUACACGAAUGGAACAUUGGCAAGGAUAAGGUGAAGUCAAAGAUCGAAAUCGAUCCGGCUACACAGAUGGAUGCCGGCGUGUACGAGUGCACCGCUGAUAACAUGUACUCGAUCGAUCGACGAAGUUUUAAGACCGAUUUCUCGAUUGCAUUUGACUAGUUUUGCUCUCACGACGUGACCGUGUACUCGGGUUACCACACUGUACCGAACGUGAGCAUAAACCUAACAGUUCCUGAAUAUAGAAUAGAAAAUAAACUGUAUGUAUCCUGAUAUUUAUAUUAGAUCGUGCGGGGUUUAUUGUUUUCUUUUUCUAUUUUCAUCAUCAUUUGGUUCAAUCGACGCUGCAAUAAGAGAAUAAAGGGAUCAGUAACGGAUCGAACUGCUUGAUCGCGUGUUGCUCAUCAUGGCUCGUUGACUGAUAAAAUGAUAUCGU